AUGCCCUCAACCAACAUCCAACAUGAUGAGCCUCCACAAGAGCAUGGUGGCACUCCAGAUCCUCCAGUCGCAGAAAAUAUCUCGGUCGACAGAAUUACCAGCUUCCAUGGCAAACUGAAUCGUUUCCUUCUCACAAACAGCUUGGCCCCCGGAACCACCAACAGGCCAGCCAGUCCACUAAAAAGGGACCUCGAUGCUCUCGAACCCAAACGAGAAGCUACAACAAACGAUCUGCAAAAUGUCCCAUUCCAUAGAAGACAAACACGCAGUGCCACCGCCAGUCCCAAAAGACCGAAAGUGGAGAGAACCAUCCCGAAAACAGUCAGACCUACAACCAUAACCCGCUCACGCUCCUCAUCCACCAUCCCACAAUCUCGAGCAACCUCCCCUCAAAAGUCCCCUCGCCGACGAAAGCCCCCUCCAACGUACCCCCCAACCGCCGCAGACUCCCUCCUCCGAGACACCAUCCCCGCAAACCUAACCCUCCUCCUCGUCGGCGUGAACCCAGGCAUCCUAACCGGAACAACGGGAUUCGCCUACGCCCACCCAUCAAACCUAUACUGGAAACUCCUCCAUUCCUCCGGUAUAACCACCAUCCGCCACCCGCCCUCAGACACAUACAAGCUCCCAGCGCUCUACAACGUGGGUAACACGAACAUCGUGGAGCGACCCUCCCGGGACGCAAGCAUGCUCAGCAAAGCCGAGAUGGACGCGGGCGUGCCCGUCCUUGAAGCUAAAGUUGCCGUGCAACGGCCGCAGGCUGUGUGUCUUGUCGGGAAGGGGAUUUGGGAGGCUGUCUGGCGUGUGCGGCAUGGACGGGCGAUUCGGAAGGAGGAGUUUCAGUAUGGAUGGCAGGAUGAGGGGGAGAAUAUGGGGUGUACGGAUGGGAGUGAUUGGGCUGGUGCGCCUGUUUUUGUGGCUACGACUACGAGUGGACUUGCGGCGGGGAUGAGUAUCGCGGAGAAGGAGGCUGUUUGGGCUGAGUUAGGUGCUUGGGUUGUUAAGCGGCGGGCCGAGGCGGGGUUCGUUGCUUCUGAGAUUUGA